UGCGCGGUGGGCGGCCCCGCGGCCGUCCGGGAUGUCGGGCUGGUGACGUAGCGCGCCGCGGGAAGGGCCGCGCGAGACCCCCCGGGCACCGCCGCUUCCCCGGGGCCGGUUCUUCCUCCCCCACCCCCCCCCCCCCCCGCACACACGCUCCUUCCUCCGUGAUACCCAUCCCCGCCAUGGGUAGCGCCGCGGCGGCGGGAGCGGGGAGGGCACCGCGCCGUGACGGAGCCGCCGCCGGGCAUGGGCCAGGCCCUGCUGCCGCGUGAGCGCCGGUACCGGCAGCACUGUCCGCGCCCGCCCCGGGCUCAGCCCAGGGCGGCCAUGAGCAGCAGCUUCUCUUCCCCCGCCGCCCGCCGCCCGCAGCACCGGGAUCGAUAGAGGCGGGGGGGGUGCGGACCCACGAUGGCCGGCAGCGGCUACACCGACCUGCGGGAGAAGCUCAAGUCCAUGAUGCCCUACCGGGACGGCCACAAAGGCGGCGGCGGCCUCCCGCGGGACCCCCCCGAGCCCCCCUACGAUCGCAAGCGCCGACACCAGGACGACUCCGGUUCCGAGCCCAGCGACUACGAGGAGCAGAAGGAGGAGGAGGAAGCUCGGAAAGUCAAAAGCGGGAUCCGUCAGCUGCGCCUCUUCAGCGCCGAGGAGUGCGCCAAGAUCGAGGCUCGCAUCGAGGACGUGGUGUCCCGGGCGGAGAAGGGGCUCUACAAGGAGCACACGGUGGAUCGGGCCCCGCUGCGGAACAAGUAUUUUUUCGGGGAGGGUUAUACCUACGGGUCUCAGCUGCAGAGACGAGGCCCCGGGCAGGAGCGCCUGUACCCGCGGGGGGAAGUAGACGCCAUCCCGGAGUGGGUUCACGACCUGGUGAUCAGGAAGCUGGUGGAGCACCGGGUGAUUCCCGAGGGAUUUGUGAACAGUGCCGUCAUCAAUGACUACCAGCCGGGGGGCUGCAUUGUCUCCCACGUGGACCCCAUCCACAUCUUCGAGAGGCCCAUCGUCUCCGUCUCUUUCUUCAGCGACUCGGCGCUUUGCUUCGGCUGUAAAUUCCAGUUCAAGCCCAUCAGGGUCUCGGAGCCCGUUCUCUUCCUGCCCGUCAAGAGGGGAAGCGUCACGGUGCUCAGUGGAUAUGCAGCUGAUGAAAUUACACACUGCAUUCGACCACAGGACAUCAAGGAGAGAAGAGCUGUCAUCAUCCUUCGAAAAACAAGACUAGAUGCACCUCGAUUGGAAACAAAAUCCCUGAGUAGCUCUGUGUUGCCACCAGGUUAUAACUCUGACCGUCUCUCGGGAAGCAACCGGGACCAGAUCCUGAAACCAAAGCGGUCCCAUCGCAAAGCAGAUCCUGAUGCUGCUCACAGGCCACGGAUUCUAGAAAUGGAUAAAGAGGAGAACAGGCGCUCAGUCCUCUUACCAAAACAUAGGAGACGGAGCAACUUCAGCUCCGAGAACUAUUGGCGAAGGUCUUACGAGUACACGGAGGACUGUGAGGAGGAGGAGGAGGAUGGCAGCCCAGCCAGGAAAGUUAAAAUGCGGCGACACUGAGGAUGGCACUUCCCAGGCUCAUGGAGCUGAUGAGAUUGGUCUCCAGUCUGUGAAAACUUUCUCCUCCCUCUGGCUAUCUUCCAUCUAGCUUCAGUUUUGGUUUUUCCUUUCAGGCUGAAGAGUAAACAGGAAGGAUCUAGAGAUUUGUUGUUAUGAAUGGAGGAAUGCUGGGAUAUAUGUAAGGAUGGAACGUGUCCAGUGCACAUGGUGUCCUGAGUCAUGGGUCAAAUGGGCAUCUUUCCCUUAGGAAGCAGAUAAAGUUAUGCCAGGCUGUCUGUUGGGAUUUCUUUUGAAAACACCAAAAAGUUUAACUGUUUCAUUGCGCAAAAUUCAAGAUUUUUUUUUUUUUUUUGCUUUAACUUUCUUCCUUUCCAAAUGUUCUAAAUAUGAUGUUUGACCCCAGGAGCUGAAACUCACUGUGGUGGCCUCCUAUUCCUUGCUUCACCAAAGGGCUCCUUGGUUUGCUCUUAUGUAGUUGUUGUUGGGUUUGUUUUCAGGGUGCCCUGCAGUAACUGGAAGUUUGAAUCUUGGCAGACCCCCCCUUACUGCCUUUGAUUUCAAAGAGUUUAGGACAUUUUUGUUGCACUUUAGUACCAGUUUUACAUGCCAUAGGUUUCCUUUCCAGUCCCUUUUCCCAAUCCAGUGUGAGCUUGCAGCCCUGUGUCCCUGUCCUCUCCGAGAAGAAUGUACUAAAGCUCUGGUUUCUCAGUGCUGGUCUGAGAAGGGGUAUGUUUUGGUUGAGAAGGAAGGAAGGGUGCCUGACUUUGCUGAGGCUGGCCCAGCAUUGACCUGAGGUCCACAUUGGAGCCCUGGAGCUGCCGAGUGAGUGACCGCAUUGAGUAUGUGCUGCUUCCCAGAGCUGGAGAUAGCAAAGAGGAGUAGGAGAGAUGCUGUGCUUGUGAGGACACUUGCCUUGGGACCCCCUGAGAAGACCUGUUCCCCACUGCCUGGGGGACUUGCUUUUGGCCCCUUGCCCCUUUUAGGAGGAGUUGAAAUGGCACAGCACUGCAUCCCAAGGGACCAGCCGUGGGGGAGCCGGGCAGCUCGGCUGCGGUCUGUCCCCUCCGAGGCUGGCUCUGGGAGCAAGGACACUGCAAGGCUCUGCUUUGGCCCCAGUUUGGUGCAUUCAGCAGUUGCCCGCCUCUUCCUGGCUUAUUCCUGCCUGGAUUCCUGGGGUAGGGAAUUCUCUGGUUGCUACAAGAAAAAUGCUGAGAGGAAUUGAACAUUUGCCCUUGGAAUUAGUGUUGGAAAGUCUGCUGCCUUCCUCCUCUGCUCCCACCCGGUUUGCAUUUGCCCAGACUGAAGCCUUGGCACUUUCAAGGUUUGGGGCCCAGCACCAUAUUUAGAACUGUACUUUUAAGAAACUUCCUCCAGUUGAUUCUUUGAACCCAAGUGUUGGCAGUUAUAAGGAGUAGUCUUAUUUUUAAAUUUUUACUGCUUCGCCCUCCCUCAAAUUGUAGUUUUUCUUAGUGUCGUGUCCCCUCCUCCCUCCCUCACCUCUGCACGCUUGGCAAUAAAAAGAUGUAAUAUAUUUUGAAACACGUUUGCUGCUGUCAUGAGGGGCCCCCAGUUCAAAAAAUGAAACAAAACCCAGGUGUUGUUCCGUGGAGCACCGUUCCUGGGCUAUUGAGCAUGUUUGCUGACUUUGGGGGCUCUGUGUCCUUUUCCUUCUCCACUGACUGCAGCUCCUGCUGCUCACCCGUUGCUGGGGUAGCUGCUCAGGCUGGAUCUAGCAGGUCACAUUGGAGUAAAGGAAAUGACCAUCACCCUCAGUGCCACUGGUCUGCGAGGGCUUCCUAUCUCUGAUUCUCUUUAUCUGAUUGCUUUCCUGGUGAGAGCCCCCCUUGGCUCGGUGUGGAGGUGCAGGCACAGCCUUGCUGCCAGCCUUUGAAGGAACCUGUCUUGUCUGCCCAGAGAUCUGAAAGUUCAUGCUUCUGCUGCUUCUGAAACCUUUAAAAAGCUAUUUUCAGACCACGCUUAGUGUUUGAAGCAGUGUUCCCCUGGCUUUCUGCUGAGAACUCGGGCCAGCUCUUGGCUACAAACCCCCUGUUUUGGAAAGCUUGGCAUUUCCCUGAUGGCAAAACCACAUGCUGGGAGCAGCAUCCCUCCUCUUCCUUAAUGGCUGGUGCAAACAUCUCUGGCAAGCUAGAGACCUGCUAGCAGGAUGCCCCUAGCAAUGGCUGUUUCUAAUUGUCUUUCUGGAUUCAUCCUGGACGUGCCCCACACUCUCCUCACUGUCAGGCUCUGCUGGCAGUUGCAGUGGUCACUGCCAGAGGUCUCAGCUCUGUGCGGCCUGCUCUUCCCCCACCCCCCCACCCCACCAAUUCCCAAUUUUACUCCUACCUCUGCAAAAUGGAUACUGUACCCUGGUGUCUCAACUCAAAAAGAAGCUGGAGGCGAUCUGCCUUUCUCGGGCCGCUUCCCAGAGCCAGGCUGCUGUGGGACAAGGCGUUGGCUCUAUCUCUGCUGAAGGCUGAAUGAGGCACCCCAAAGUCAUAACCUGUAGCCAGAUACCACCCACCACCUUGACCCAUUCCUGCUGUAGUCUGUCUGCAUGCAGGUGCCCUUUCUCUCCCAGUUUGUUUUGGUAUGUCCACAUGCCACUGUUGGGAGCUCUCCCCUUCUUCCUUCCUCCCUGCCCCACAUCUGUGUGGUGGGUCUGAGCUGUGGCUGGAGGGGCAGGAGGAGCUCCUCAUGUCUCCAGCCUCCGUCUGUUCUCUUGGUUUUCAGCCUGACUGGUUGGGGCUUGACACCUUAGAGAGAGCAAGAGUGGGACACAACCGGUCUGACCCAUAGCAUCUCUUGGGUGAGGAGUCCCCAGCGUGUAGGCAGGCCAUCUUCCCCACUUGUACAGACAUUUUCUAUACACACGGAUGUAUAUGUGUAGAUAACAUGGUUUUUUAACUCUUUUGCACUGAACAACAUUGGAGCGAAACCUUGAUUUGAAACCAGAAGACAGAUUUUUCACGUGGAUCCAGAUACCUAGAUCCCUUUCUGUGACCUGUCUGGUGAAACUGUGGCUCAAAAAUGCUGGUGAUGCCUGUACCUGUUCUGUGUUGCUGGCUGUGUCGAGCUGCCUGCAGGCUUUGGGUCAGGUCGGUGGCACGGGUCUGCUGUGAAGGAUGGAGGGUGGUGAACUUCCAUUAGGAGGCAAAACUUCUCCCCAUCUGCUCUGCAGGACAGGCUCAUGCACAGACCUGACCUGGUCGGCUUUGUCGUGUUUGUCUGGUCCAGUUGUGUGGUCUGACCUCUUCCCUCCACCCACAGCGUGUCCUUCGUGUAACCUGCUCAUCCCAAAACUGGGAAUAAGGCCACAUCCAAUGUGAUGAUCCCACGCACCCACAGCCCAGACCAUGAGAACUGUCUUUCUUAAGGAAGGGGGAGGAAGGUGGGGCCUGUCCCUGCUUUUCCACAAGCAGCAAGGGGAGUUGGGGUUUGUUACUCCUCCCGUAUCUGGAGAAGACUCAGCGAUGGAGCUGCAGCUCUUGCAUCACCCGCGUGGGCUCCCUAGUCCUGCAGGAAGGGAAGGAAGGGCUGUUUGCCAGGGCAGGGGAGGGGCUGUCACUCUGCCGGCUCCGCUCAGCUCUCAUCCAGCUGUUAGUCAGGAGAGAGCUGUGUCUCCCGGGAUCUGUAUCCCCAUCCCCAGGCUUGGCUCAUCCCAGAGCUUGAGGGGAUCACCAGGGUGUGGAGCUGCCAACCAGCUCUCCGGGGUGAGCCGACGCCUGCCGGGGUACGAGCUCAGCCCUUGGGCUUUCGGCGCUGUUGGUCCCUGGAACCGGCUGCUCCCGAGCCCUGUGGGUCAGAACAGCCCCCAUGCUUUGGGGACAGAGCAGGGAAGCCGGGGUCCAGGCCCCUGCCACUGGCAGAGAGGCUUUUAUCUGCCAAAAAAUGUUCCCUUUCCUGGUCGGGAGGAGAAGUGAUCCAGCCGAGAAGCUCAUCUCAGCUCCUUCCCGCAGCCCUGCCCACACGUGUUCUGGCUGACUUUCAUUUCUUUUUCUUUUUUAAAGAUUCUAAUUAUUAUUAUAUUUUUUUUUCGGUUGGUUUUGUUACGAAUAAAAAUGGAAUAAAUAAAUAAAGAAGAAGUGGCAAUAUUUUUUUUCUGUAAGCUUUUCCUAGGAAAAAGCAUGGUUUGUAACAAAGUUGUACAGUUCUGAAGUUUGAGAUACAAGAAGUACUGUGUGAAACGCUGUAAAUGGGGCAGAGAUUAUUUUCUGUACAGUCUGACACGGGGGUAUCUUUUAAUUCUGGUUGAUUCUUAGGAAGAAUUUGGUUCUUCACUGUCAGGGUUUGGAAUUUCAUGGUUUCAUUAUUAUUAUUUUCUUGUAUAGAUUGCCGCAUUAAUUGAAUAAAAGCAGAAAGCAUC